AUGUCGAGACGUGCGCCCAACCCCGCCGCCGAGCGGGCGGCGCAGAACCAGGCGACGAUCAAGAACCUGCUGAAGCUCGAGGCCAACAAGAUUUGCUCCGACUGCAAGAAGAAUAAACACCCUCGAUGGGCGAGCUGGAACCUCGGCGUCUUCAUUUGCAUUCGGUGCUCGGGCAUCCACCGCGGCAUGGGCACGCACAUCUCCCGCGUCAAGUCGGUCGACCUCGACUCGUGGACGGACGAGCAGCUGCAGAGCGUGCUGCGUUGGGGCAACGCGCGCGCCAACCGGUAUUGGGAAGCCAAGCUGGCCGCCGGCCACGCGCCGUCCGAGGCCAAGAUCGAAAACUUUAUCCGCACCAAGUACGAACUCAAGCGCUGGGUCAUGGAUGGGCCGAUGCCCGACCCGGCCACGCUCGACGGCGACGACGACGACGUCCCGCUGAGCCUGGUCCGCGAGAAGCAGGUCAUCGAGAAGAAGGAGACGGCGCGCAAGGCCUCAAUCGGCCAGGCGGCGCGGCCAUCGGCCGUUGGGGACUUGAUUGGUGGUGGCGCCGACUCCGGCCCUGCUGCUCCUCGGACGGCGGCGUCGCCGGCAGGAGGCAUCAAGGGCGCGCCCGCACCGCCGAAAACGACGACGACGAAGGAUUCCCUGCUGGGACUCGACUUUCUAGGGGAGAGCUCGGCGCCCCCGCGGCCGGCUAGCACGCCGGCUGCCCAGGCGCAGUCGCGGCCCGACCUGAAGCAGUCCAUCCUGUCACUCUACGCCACGGCGCCGAAGCCGCCCCCGCAGCAGCAGCAGACACAGCAACAACCGCAGAACGGCGGCGGAUGGGGCUCGCCGCAGAUGGGUAACCACCGCCAGCAGCCGUCCCAGGGUGGUGGCUUCGCCGACGCCUUUGGCGGCCUGAGCCUGUCCAACCCGACGAGCCCCAAGCCUCCCGCUGCCGACCCCUUUGCCGGCCUGGGCAGCGGCAUGGGCAGCCGUGCACCGCAGCACGCCUCUAACAACAGCAGCAGCGCCUUUGGCGGCCUGGGUGGCGGUAGCUUCUUCGACAGCAAGCCUGCGCCGCAACCUAUCGCCAGCCAAGGCUUCGGCGGCAUCAGCAACAACCAGUUCGCAUCCACCUCGAGCGGCGGCUUUGGCGACUUUGCCAGCCCCGUCGCUUCUGCCCCCGCCCCGUCGAAGCCUGCGCAACCUGCCGCGCCCUCCUCCGCUAUGGGAGACCUCUUUGACCUGUCGGCGCCCGUGUCGCAGUCCUCGCCGCCCCCUGUAUCUCCUCCCGCGACCGCACCCGCACACUCCGUCUUCAACCUCUCGGCGCCGCAGAGCAAGCCCGCCACCAGCCCGGCCGCCACGGCCCCCAUCGCCAACACCGGCAGUCUUGGUGGCUUCGGCGGCGCUGCGGGGCUGUCCGGCGUCGACGCCUGGGGCGGUAACGAGUGGGCGACGCCCGCGCCGGCACCGGUGCAAGCCACGAGCCCUCCUAUCGCCGCUGCCGCGCAGCCUGCGGCCAGCAAGCCCGUCGUGAGCAACGACAUGGGCUGGGGCGCCUCGAGCAGCGCCUUUGCCAACACGCCGAUCAUACCCGGCGCCGGGGGCGGCUUCAGCCCGGCGCCCAAGGUGACGGCGGACGAGGAGUUUGGCGGUUGGGCAAGCAGCACCGGCAUGGGCGGCCAGUCGGCGACGACGUCGGGGGCGCCCAAGUCUGGCGGCGGCUUUGGGGGUGACGACGAUCUCUUCUCCAACGUUUGGCAGUAG